AUGAGUACCAUCGCUUUACGGAAAGUUUCGAGGACUCAAGACUUAAAUAUCUUCCAUAUUAUUUUGAAAUGGAAAGGACGCAUUGGUUAUUUCGAAAUCGUUGGAGAUAAGUUUUUUUGUAUUCUUCAACAACUGGUCAUUACCACAAAGGUCCAAUUUUCACUUUCCUGGAUAGAUUGGGGUAAUUUUGGUCUGCCAGGGAACGAUUCAUCAAAUUCAAAUUUUCGCCUGAUCGACUUUUUAGGACAAAAAUAUUCAUUUGACAAAUUUGAAAGUGAAGUAAAAGGUUUUGAUUGUUACACUGUGGCAACAUUGACCAUUAGUUUUUACUGGAAAGCAGCUGAAAAAUGUUUUUGCCCAAUGACUUCUACAUAA